UUUCAUACUGUAACUAUAGCAAACAGGCAUCACAACGAAAUCGCUUGCAACGGGAAGCGAACGUAAAUUUUGUAUUACACACACACAAUCUACACAUACAGGCGUGUGCGCUCAAGUACAGUGAAUUUUGAAUUUUGUGUUCUGUGUUCGUGUGUGAAUAUAUUGGCAAAAAUAAAUUGGCACAACAUAAAAGAGCAAAGGAAAAACACGUACGCACGUCACGCGGACAACGACAACGAUAACGCACGCAAACCACAACAACAAAUAUAAGAAGAAACCGCAGCAAGAGCGUACAUUUCAAAGUUGCUAACAAGAAAGAGCUUGAGCUUAGCAAAAGCGUUAACUAAAAAACAAUGUCAGCCGCCGAUGUUGAAACACAGUCGCAGCAGGAGUCGUCGAACGGCACCAGCAAAUUUGAUGUGCCCGAGAUCGAAUUGAUCAUUAAGGCCUCGACCAUUGAUGGACGCCGCAAGGGCGCCUGCCUUUUCUGUCAGGAGUACUUUAUGGAUCUGUAUCUGCUGGCCGAGCUAAAGACAAUUAGCCUGAAGGUGACCACAGUGGAUAUGCAGAAGCCGCCACCAGAUUUUCGAACCAAUUUCGAGGCAACACAUCCCCCCAUCCUAAUUGACAAUGGCCUGGCCAUAUUGGAGAACGAGAAAAUCGAAAGGCACAUCAUGAAGAACAUACCCGGCGGCUACAAUCUGUUCGUGCAGGACAAGGACGUGGCCACGCUGAUUGAGAACUUGUAUGGAAAAUUGAAGCUGAUGCUGGUGAAGAAGGAUGAUGCCAAGAACAAUGCGCUGCUCACGCAUCUCAAGAAGAUCAACGAUCAUUUGGCCAAUCGUAAUACACGCUUCCUAACCGGCGACACCAUGUGCUGCUUCGACUGUGAGCUGAUGCCCCGUUUGCAGCACAUUCGUGUGGCGGGCAAAUACUUUGUCGACUUUGAGAUACCGACACAUUUGACGGCGCUGUGGCGUUACAUGUACCACAUGUAUCAGCUGGACGCAUUCACACAAUCGUGCCCAGCCGAUCAGGACAUUAUCAAUCACUAUAAGCUGCAACAGAGUCUCAAAAUGAAGAAGCACGAGGAGCUGGAGACGCCGACGUUUACCACAUCCAUUCCAAUUGAUAUUUCGGAGUAAACUUUUAUGUAGCCAUGCACAGUUAUUAUUAUUAUAAUUUUUUUUUUUUUGCAAAACUUACAACUUUAUCUAUAUCAGCUACUAUAUAAACUACAACUUUGAUUGAGAACUAUGCGAAAAGUAAGGGAAUACCAAUAUAUGCAUAUAUAUAUAUACACAUAUAUAGAUAUAUAUAUAUAUGUAUGUGCAUAUGUAUAGUACACAUAUAACUAUAUAUCUUAUGUAUACAUAAAAACGCGAGAACAUGUUGACCAAGUGUUUUUUAAGCAGCCACCGUUGCCUUUCUUUAAAUUUAAAUAUUGUAUUUAAACAACUUUGUUUUUUACUUAAUUACCUGCCUGUGUGUGUAUUUUAUCUUUUUGUUUAAUUAAUUAAUUAACUACAUGUAUUUGAUAUACAUUGGCCUUACACAUACAUGUGUAUGUAUUUAAUACAGCUGUGAAAGCUAUUUUAAAACAUAA